CCCGUGUGUGUGUGUGUGUGUCUGCGUCCUCCCAGUCCGUGUGUAACUGUGGUUUCCCUGCAGACAUUGUGAACACAGCUCGUCCGGAUGAGAAAGCCAUCAUGACCUAUGUGUCCAGUUUCUACCAUGCCUUCUCUGGGGCCCAGAAGGCCGAGACGGCAGCCAAUCGUAUCUGCAAGGUGCUGGCUGUCAACCAGGAGAAUGAACACUUGAUGGAGGACUAUGAAAAGCUGGCCAGUGAUCUCCUGGAGUGGAUACGUCGUACUAUCCCCUGGCUGGAGAACCGCGUCCCAGAGAAGACCAUGGCUGAGAUGCAGCAGAAGCUGGAGGACUUCAGAGACUACCGCCGCGUGCACAAGCCCCCCAAGGUUCAGGAGAAGUGCCAGCUGGAGAUCAACUUCAACACCCUGCAGACCAAGCUGAGGCUGAGCAACAGGCCCGCCUUCAUGCCCUCCGAGGGACGCAUGGUGUCUGACAUCAACGGCUCGUGGCACACCCUGGAGGGGGCGGAGAAGGGCUAUGAGGAGUGGCUCCUGAACGAGAUCAGGCGUCUGGAGAGGCUGGACCACCUGGCUGAGAAGUUCAGACAGAAGGCAACCAUCCAUGAGGCCUGGACGGACGGUAAGGAAGCCAUGCUGACCCAGAAGGACUACGAGACCGCCUCGCUGUCCGAGGUGAAGGCGUUGCUACGGAAACACGAGGCGUUCGAGAGCGACUUGGCGGCCCACCAGGACCGCGUGGAGCAGAUCGCUGCCAUCGCCCAGGAACUGAAUGAGCUGGACUACUAUGACUCCCCCAGUGUCAACGCUCGCUGUCAGAACAUCUGUGAGCAGUGGGACGCCCUGGGGUCUCUCACCCAGAGUCGCAGGGAGUCCCUAGAGAGGACAGAGAAGCAGCUGGAGUCUAUAGAUGAGCUGUACCUGGAAUACGCCAAGAGGGCGGCGCCCUUCAACAACUGGAUGGAGGGGGCCAUGGAGGACCUGCAGGACAUGUUCAUCGUCCACAACAUCGAGGAGAUCCAGGGUCUGAUCACAGCUCAUGAGCAGUUCAAGUCCACCCUGCCUGAUGCUAAUAAGGAGCGCGAGGCCAUCCAGGCCAUCCAGGCGGAGGUGCAGAAGAUAGCCGAGUACAACGGCAUCAAGCUGGCUGGAAACAACCCCUACACCACCGUUACCCCCCAGAGCAUCGACAACAAGUGGGACAAGGUGCAGCAGCUGGUACCCCAGCGUGACGCCGCUCUGCAGGAGGAACUCUCCAAGCAGCAGUCCAACGACCACCUGAGACGCAAGUUCGCCGGCCAGGCCAACGUGGUGGGGCCCUGGAUCCAGGUCAAGAUGGAGGAGAUCGGCAGGAUAUCCAUCGAGAUGAACGGGACUCUGGAGGACCAGCUGACCAACCUGAGGGAGUACGAGCAGAGCAUCAUCGACUACAAGCCCAACAUCGACCAGCUGGAGGGAGACCACCAGCUCAUCCAGGAGGCCCUCAUCUUCGACAACAAGUACACCACCUACACCAUGGAGCACCUACGCGUGGGCUGGGAGCAGCUGCUCACCACCAUCGCUCGCACCAUCAACGAGAUCGAGAACCAGAUCCUGACCCGCGACGCCAAGGGCAUCAGUCAGGAGCAGCUGCAUGAGUACCGCGCCUCCUUCAACCACUUCGACAAGGACCACAGCGGUGCCCUGAUGGCGGAGGAGUUCAAGGCGUGUCUGAUCAGUCUGGGCUACGACGUGGAGAAUGACAAGACGGGCGACGCGGAGUUCACUCGUAUCAUGGGGAUCGUGGACCCCAACAACAGCGGCGCAGUCACCUUCCAGGCCUUCAUCGACUUCAUGUCCCGAGAGACCACAGACACGGACACAGCAGACCAGGUCAUCGCCUCAUUCAAGAUCCUGGCUGGAGACAAGAACUUCAUCACGGCUGAAGAGCUAAGGAGGGAGCUUCCUCCAGACCAGGCGGAGUACUGCAUCGCCCGUAUGGCACCCUACGCUGGCCCCGACGCCACGCCCGGAGCCCUCGACUACAUGUCCUUCUCCACCGCACUCUACGGGGAGAGUGACCUCUAGGGAGAGGGGGAGAGAGGGGGGAAGGGGGGGGAAGAGUGACCUGCAGGAGCAAUACCAGGGGGGAGGGGAGAGGGGGAGAGCAGGGAUGGGAAGACGAGAGGCUUGUGCCAGACCAGGUCUCUGGUUGGAGGAAGGAAAGAAAGAAGAAAGCAGGGGGAUGAGAGGGUUUCUAGAUCUGUGAUUGGUUCUGACUCAGGAAGAGGGAUGACCUGGCUUGUUCUAAGUGCAGGACGCCAGUUGGGGGGGGGGGGGGGGUGGCUAAGUCUUCCCACUUCUCUUCCACUUCCUGGUUCUGACUGUGCCUCCAAGCACACAGGUGUCGAUCCACAACGAUCUCUCGGCCGAGGAGUUAACUGUUGUUCUGUUGAUUUGGCCUUCUGCCUGUUAGUUCUUCAGCUUUAUAUUGUAUUUUGUAACAGAUCAACUACAAUCAAUGUUUAUCUGCUCUAUAUAUCAGAUCCUGGCCUCAGGCCUGGAGUAUACAGGGGCAUCCAGCGAGCAUCGCUAUAGAUUCAAGUGUCAUCUUCCCCUUUGGGCCUGUGGGGAGGGGCCGGACACGAGCUAUUACGAUUCUUAUGCUACUUUAUUUGUUUUUGGUUAUUUUAUUUUCUCUUGCUUGGAGGUGAGGGUGGGGAUGGGGGGGGGUAGAUUUGCUUUGUGGGGUGGAGAGGAUUGCGUACUAACACCCAGAGACAUAUAUGAAGGGGGGGAGGAGCGUGAGUGAACAACCAGAGAGAUAAAAUGGCGUAUUUACCCAUAAUCCCUUUUUCUGCUGGAUACCUGGAGGUGUGCCGUCUCCUCUGGAGAUGUGCCGUCUCUGCCGUCUCCUCUGGAGGUGUGCCGUCUCUGCCGUCUCCUCUGGAGAUGUGCCGUCUCUGCCGUCUCCUCUGGAGGUGUGCCGUCUCUGCCGUCUCCUCUGGAGGUGUGCCGUCUCUGCCGUCUCCUCUGGAGAUGUGCCGUCUCUGCCGUCUCCUCUGGAGGUGUGCCGUCUCCUCUGGAGGUGUGCCGUCUCAGCCGUCUCCUCUCCUCCUGGGGUGUUUCUCUCUGGUAGGCGGGCAACCCCGGGGGUCAGUGCUGUACAUACUUAUUUUUCCAGUACGCAAUACAGUCCCAGUACUUAUGCAGGCUUCGUAGGGGCUGAAAGAAAAACAAACGAACAAAAAAAGACAAAAAAAAAAAAAGAUUUAAGUAAACAAGAGUGGCAUUUUUUUUUUUUUUUUUACACGCAUCAUAAGUACAUAAGCCAAUAGCGAGACACACAGGAGCAGGUUCUUCACCGAGUGCCGUUGGAUAGGUUCGUAGGUUCUGAAACGGCGGAGGGAGCUGGUAGGGAUGGUAACCGUUCAGUUGAGUUAACCCUGGGCAUGGAGGCUCACCCAC